AUGUCUUUACACACCUCCCUCACCGUCAACUCUGUCGGUACUUGGACCUGUUAUGAGUCGAUUGAGGAGUUCACGCAUAACGCCAUUGACUCUCGAGCAUGGGAGUUUGGUACGCCUUAUUCCGACCGGCACUCCGAGGACUGUGCCCUAUACAGAGCGGACAACACCACCGUCGAAGACGGCCAAUCAAUGUCAGACGAAGGCGUGCCCGCCGUAUACGGCCCCUUCAAGAUGCACGAUGAUGAGCCCAGCUUCCUCAUUGGCUUCGAGACCAAGGACGGAUCGGAGAUGAUGUGA